CGCGCUCCGUGCGCUGCGGGCUGCAGAGAUGCUGCGCGCGGUGUGGCUGCGGUUGUGUGCCGCGCUCUGCAGCCUCCUGCUGGGACGGGCCGAGGCCCCGAGCCCCGGGGUGCCGCCGGAGCGAAGCCGGCCCUACACGGUGCUGCGGGGGCAGAACCUGGUGUUGAUGGGAACCGUCUUUAGCAUCCUGCUGGUGACGGUGGUCCUUAUGGCGUUCUGUGUCUACAAGCCCAUUCGUCGACGGUGAUGGCCACACAAGGAAGCCCUGCUCCAGGUUUCUGGGACAGAAGUCGUGUUGCACAUGGGCCACUGGAGACGGUGGAAUCAGAACUUCUGGGCAGAUGGUAAAUGCUUCAGGGUGAGGAAAGCCUCUAGAAGUAACUGUUUCCCUCACGUCAGCUAUUGGCUACUGAUCUCUUCCCUUCUGUUUGGGGCACUGGUUAAAAGUUAAGCCCAAAGCUCCAAGGUUCCUCGUAAAGACUUUUCCAUCGCAAAGCAUCUAGAAGAACCACACUGAGAACUAAUCACUAAUGCUUGAACUAGUAAGAGGAAGACCUAACACGUAGACCUCCCCUGCUUUCAGCCUCUCUGUCGCAGUGUGUCAAUCACACACGGGGGCCAGCAAGAUGGUUCAGCAGGUACGGGCACCUGCCAUCAAGGCGGAUUUUGAUUCCUGGAACUCACCCGAUGGGAGGAGAGGCCAGUUCCAUGGGUUGUUCUCUGGGCUCUACAUAGGAAUACAUAAACAUAAAACACACCACGUCUCUUAUUCUGCUGAGCUGCCCUCGAAUACCCUGGUUGCAUGCAUUGCUGAUUUGGGGAACUUAGUCAUCAUUCCUUGCAGCCUUGGCGCCCAGCCAGAGUUGAGUCUGAGGUCUGCGAUCGUGUGUCCCCCUUUGCCUGGAAGGCUCGGGGUGGCAGCCUGAGCCGGUCUCCCUUUCUCCCUAGUGUAGAGGGUUCAGCCAUGUGUCCCCUGUUCAAGCUGCUGUGUUUACAAGACUGUCUACUUUUCGAGUGCUGCUACUGAACUAGAUUUUCCCUGUGGGUACUUCCCAUUGUUAGAGGUUAUGAGUAUUUAUUUUAAUUUGCUGUGAAGUUGUUGUUAUGCUUAAUAGUGGAUUCCCCUCAAACACAGCACUGGUCUUCUUGUGUUUUAACUUAACAGCCUGCACUGAUGUGAACAGCACCUCACUGUGGGGUCACGUCUGGAAAUUGUAACCCUGAGCCAUUAAAUGUCAGUUAAAUCGAA